AUGGCUGGUUUCGCAAACGCUAUCUACUCGCACGACCUUCAUCCGCAAGAACACCGUUCUGCUGACCACUGCGUUUGCCGGUGCUUUCGCCUUCGAGCUGUGGGUUACAUCCGGCCCGAUGGGGAAUACUUGAAACUGACCAAGCUCUUCUCAACCAGUGCAUUCGAUAUCGGUUCCAACAAGAUCUGGGAUUCCUGGAACCAGGGCCGCCAAUGGAAGGAUAUCAAGCACCGUUACAUGGUCAAGGAGGAGGAAGAUGACGAGUAA